AUGGGAUCCCGUCUGUCCGUGGACGAUUCCGUGCGGGUGGUGGUGGUCGGGGGAGGCUUCGGAGGGACGGCGGCCGCCAGCCUGCUCAAGUCCUGGGCCAUCCCCUUCGUGCUGGUGGACGUGAGAGACGCUUUCCAUCACAACGUCGCUGCCCUCCGCGCCGCCGUGGAGAGCGGAUUUGCCAAGAAGACUUUCAUCUCCUACUCUGUCACCUUUGGGGACAGCUUCCGACAAGGCAAGGUUGUCGGCAUAGACCCUGGGAGGCAACAAGUCUUGCUCAGUGAUGGUGAGGAGCUUCACUACUCCCAUCUCAUCCUUGCAACUGGCAGCGAUGGGCCAUUCCCUGGGAAGUUCAACCAAGUCAUUGACAUGGAAAGUGCCAUCCAGACCUACGAAGACAUGGUUAAAGAGAUUGAGAAAUCUGAGCGCAUCCUGGUAGUGGGAGGUGGUGCUGCUGGAGUCGAGAUGGCCGCAGAGAUCAAAACAGAGUACCCAGCCAAAGAGGUCACCCUCAUUCACUCAAAAAUUGCACUAGCUGAUGUGGAGCUGCUAGAUAGCGUCCGUCAGGAGGUGAAAGAGAUUCUCCUCAGAAAAGGAGUGCGCCUCUUAUUAAGUGAGAGGGUCAGCAACGUGGAAAACCUCACACCAAACCAGUUCCAGAAGGACAUGGUAGUAAGGACAGAAAAGGGCACCGAGGUGGUUGCUGACAUGGUGGUCCUGUGCACGGGGAUAAAGAUUAACUCUUCAGCAUACGCUGCCGCAUUUGGGGACAAAAUGGCAAGUAACAGUGCUUUGAAAGUUAACAAGCACCUCCAGCUGGAAGGCUAUGAGAACAUCUAUGCCAUUGGGGACUGUGCAGAUCUGAAAGAACCGAAGAUGGCCUACCACGCUGGGCUCCAUGCCAACGUCGUGGUGACAAACAUCAUCAACAGCCUGACACAUAAGCCUCUUAAAACCUACGAACCAGGUAAUCUUCUUUCUCUGCUUUCAAUGGGCAGGAAUGAUGGCGUAGGCCAGGUGAACGGUUACUAUGUGGGACGUCUCUUGGUGACCAUUGCUAAGAGCCGGGACCUGUUUGUCUCCAAGAGCUGGAAGACCAUGGGACAGACAAUGCCCUCUUAA